UUUAAAUGUUUGCUUACAUUUGUUGUACAUUUGAUUAAAAAAUUUGUUAUUUAAUAGAAAGUAUUACUACUUCACUGGUUAUCAUAUGUUUUGCUUUUAUUUUCAAUGAUUUUAGAGUUUAUUUAAUUAUUUUAGUUUUGAAAAUCAUUUCAAUCAACAAAAAUGUAUCAAAUAUUUGGCAAUAGUUUUGUCCGACACAUGAGUUUUGUAUGGAUAUCGACCCGAAAACGGCUAAACACUCGACAAUUGUGUCGACAGACCAAUCGUGUCAUCAAAAGUCAUGUCUCGGUGUUCGCCAAGAGUUCGCCACUUAUGUUGUCAUUGAUGUGGUGGACAAACAAAGACAAACCAUUGGAUGAAAACAGUUUUAUGUCUCAAACCAUUACACCAUUCAAUGAAUUGAUUGCCAAUGAAAGUGAUAUGAAAUCAAAGUUUGAAUUAUUUGUUAUGAAAGUCCAGAAAGAAGUUUGUCUUGAAUUGCAAAAAGUUGAAGACAAAGAACACUUGAUUGAUACCCAAGUCGAUGGUCAGAAUCAAUCGGUAAAGUUUAAAGUAGACCGUUGGACACGAGCCGAGGGUGGCGGUGGUGUUACCUGUGUUUUAGAGGACGGACAGGUGUUUGAAAAAGCAGGCGUCAAUAUAUCGGUUGUCUACGGAAAACUGCCGACACCGGCGGCACAACAAAUGAGAAGCCGAGGAAAGACUCUUAAAGAGAACGCAGAUCUCAAGUUCUUCGCCUGUGGUGUCAGUUCUGUAAUACAUCCAAGAAAUCCAAACGUACCGACACUUCAUUUCAAUUAUCGAUAUUUUGAAGUGGAAGACGUGACCAAUAAUGAGAAGCACUGGUGGUUCGGUGGCGGAACUGAUAUGACUCCUUACAUACUCAAUGAAAAUGAUUGCAUUCAUUUCCAUAAGACUUUAAAGAAUAGCUGCGAUAAACAUAAUAAAGAUUAUUAUCCAAAAUUCAAGAAAUGGUGUGACGACUACUUUUUUAUUAACCAUCGCAAAGAAUGCCGAGGAAUCGGUGGAUUGUUUUUUGAUGACAUGGAUUAUCCCAACCAAAAGGAUUCCUUCGAGUUUGUCAAGUCUUGUGCUGAUUCUAUCACCACUUGUUAUAUACCUGUUGUUAAUAAUAAUGUAACAAAAGGUUAUUCUUAUGCCGACAGACAGUGGCAGCUCUUAAGGCGCGGAAGAUAUGUUGAAUUCAACCUAAUCUACGACAGAGGAACUAAGUUUGGACUUUUUACUCCCGGUGCCCGUUAUGAAAGUAUUCUAAUGUCGUUACCAUUAGUGGCCAAAUGGCAAUAUUGUCACUCACCUGAACCCAACUCUAAAGAAGACAAAUUAAUUCAAAUUCUCAAAACACCGAGAGAUUGGGUUUAA